GUUCUUACCUUAACCAUCUCACUUCUCAUGCCUAAACUAACCAACCUAAAGGCAAUGAGUACUAGACAAUCAGAGGCAGGGGGAGGGUUUAUUUAUAUCUAUAUAUGGUUUCAAUCUGCAACCUCACGGCUAGAUGCCACUAAAUCUUACACAGUGUGGUGGAGGGCUGGUGUGGUAGGAGGUGUCAUGCGUUGGUAAGAAGGGGGCGCUAAUGCAAAAACUUGGAUGUCAAGUCUAAGUGCAAAUACAGAAGAAGAAGAAGGAGCAGACAGGCGCACGGUUUGCAGCUUCAUUUUGUUGUGAUUGUGUUGUUUGUGUCUCUGUCAGCUGUAGCAGCUGCUUUAUGUUCACUGUCCGGUUGAACUGGUUGUUAAAACCUUGCGGAGAUGUUAAGUGUGGAGUCGUUGCAAGUGGCGGAGGAGGAGGUGGUUGAAUCCAGCACCAAUAAACUCGGUGACAUUUACACUUUUGUGACCAAAGGCUGCUUUCCUCAGACAAUGCACCCUAUAAGAAAGAAGAAUCUCAAAAGAUACGCCCGGAAGUUUAUCAUUGACGAGGGGAAGCUGUACUAUGUGGGACCCAAGAAAGAAGAGAAGAGGGAGGUGGUGAUCGAUGCCGAGAGGAAGAGGCAGAUCUUCCUUGACUGUCACUUCAAUGACAUCGGUCAUCAUUUGGGCCAAAAGAAGACGGUCCACAGGAUCCAGAGCAAGUACUACUGGCUGGGUAUCAUCAAGGAUGUAGUGGAUUGGAUAAAAGUGUGUGAGACCUGUCAGCACACCGAGAGGAAUAAAAACCUGGCGAGGACUGUUCGGCCCAUCAAAGUGGACGCACCGUGGGAUAUAGUCGGGAUCGACAUCAUAGGGCCUUUCCCAGAGACGCAGCAAGGCAACACUAAUGUUACAGUCCUCAUUGAUUACUACAGUAAAUGGCCUGAAGCGUUUCCAGUGCAGAAGACAGAUGCUCUCUCCAUUGCCAGAUGCAUUUCCAAAUGUGUAUACAGGUUCGGUGCCCCUAAAACAGUCGUGUGCACGCAGAAUGGUGACUUCUGUGAUGAGGUGACCAAGCUGCUGUGCGACAGGUGGAGCAUCGCGCUGAAGGUUUCUCCUCUGGAUCAACCUCAGCUCAACCCGCUACACGACUGCACCGGUCCUUUACUGAAGGAAGCCGUCGUGCAGAUGGUAACGGAGAAGCAGGCCGAAUGGGACGACUUUCUAGACCCUGUGCUGUUUCUGUUCAGAACAUCCACCAACCCCACGACCAAGUUCACCCCCUACUCUCUCAUGUUUAACAGGAAAGCUAAUUUACCCAACGAGACUACACUCAGCCUGCUGAAUUAUGAUGAUCAAGAGCAGGAUAUGUAUUCCACCAAGGAGAAGGCCUCUACGUAUGUGACCAUAAUGCAGGAGCAGCAGAACUCUGUUAAACAGCUGGUGCUAGCCAAUAUGAACGCAGCCUACAAACAAGAGAAGAAAAAGAACGCCAAACGCAGGGCACAUAACAUGCCCUCCAUGACCUUUAAAAUCGCAGAUCCCCUGUUUGGUGCGGGAGACUCUCCCUCCCCGAAAAAACUGAAAGAGAGUUUAUAUUUGUCUUUCCCUGUUGAGACGGUGCUGGCCACCGAGCAAAGCAGCUCAGAAGACAUAAAGACUGAGUUAGAAUAUCACUUGGCCGAGUCUGACGUCCACUGAGGAUUCAGAACCGUCUGAAAUGAAUUAAGUCGUCACGUCAGAAGAGCACUACCACAUGUCGUCAUGAGCUGCCCGCGGUCUCAGACAGAAGACAGAGAUCCAGAUGUUGGUGAAACGAGUGUGAUGAUGAUUAGUGCUGCCGUCGUCAGUCAGUUGAACACAAUGCAGGCUUGUCAUCCAGACAUCUGAUGUUUCACUUGUAGAUGAAUCUCACGCUAAGAAUCCUCUGGCCAAAGAAACUGCAGAUGAAUUGUUGUUGUUUUUUCACGAUUUCUUCACCAAAAAACACUGUUUCCCAUGAAAAUGAUGUUAAGUUAUUUGUGUCUACUUUGUCACACAAUAGAGUUUUAAUCUACAGUACUAAUAAAGGUAUUGUUUGAUUUG